UCCACGCUGGAACCCUUCCAUAAAUUUCGCCAUCUCAAAAACAAGUACCUCCUCGUGCUCUACAUACUCGAUAUCAUAUCUUCCAAAAAUCGAAUUCUCUGCAAAGAACAUCCACAAGCUCUUCAACAGUAUCCAAGAUGGCAAACAGUGAUCUAUCAGUCCUCUUGGACAUGGGCUUCGACAAGGACAGAGCAGAGCUAGCUCUGAAGAAGACCGGUUCUCUAAACCCAGCGUUACAAUGGCUCGAAGACAACCAAGACAAAUCCUGGGAAGACAUCACCGCCGCCGCAGCCGACGACGAGACCAACCCAAGCAUCGAACCCGCACCCUUAAAGGAAGGAGAAGUCGCACAAUCCCUAGUCUGCGAGGUCUGCCAAAAGAAGUUCCGGAGUAUGACACAGGCGGAGGCUCAUGGGGAACGAACUGGCCACGACCAGUUCGCGGAGUCAACAGAGGAAAUCGCGCCGUUGACUGAGGAGGAGAAGAAGGCGAAGUUGGCGGAACUGAAGGAGAAGGCUGCGGCGAAGAAGGCGCUGAAAGCUAUUCAAGAUCGUGAAGAAGCAAAGGCGAAUGAGAAAAUCCGCAUGAAGUCCACAAAAGAAGUCCAAGACGCAAAGGAGAACCUCGCCAAACAAGAACAAAUCAAAGCCGCCGCAAAGAAACGCCAGGAGAAAGUCGACGACCUCGCCGCAAAGCGCCGAAUCCAAGAGAAAAUAGCAGCCAACAAGGAAGCCCGCAGACUCAAAGCCGAAGCCCAGAAAGCAGAACGCGAGGGUCGCGCCCCUCCACCAGACCCAACACUCGCAGCCGCAGCCUCAGCACAAGCCAGUUCGAGCGGUACUGCAGCGCCAAAGAAGGAAGUUACCGAGGCAAGAUUGAGGUUACAGACUGCCACGGGGGUUGUGAUGAAGACUUUCCCCGUGGAGACAACACUUUUUGAAGUUGCUCAGGCUUUGGAGGGAGAGAAUGGUGGAGCUCCGGUUGAGAGCUUCACUAUGACGUAUCCUAAGAAGACAUUCUCCGGCGGUGUUGAUUUCUCGAAGACGUUGAAGGAAGCUGGUCUUGCGCCCAGUGCUGUUCUCAUCGUCAAGUAAAUGGGAAAUGGACUUUUGAGAUUACGAAGCAUGAGCCCCGGGUUCUGUCAUAGGCAUCUGCAUUUUUUUCUUUCUGGUUAGUACGAAUCAAAACGCAUGGGGACAGGUGCAUGGAUGGCGUUGGGAGAAUGGGGUUGUUUUCCUCGACAGACAGUAAGAGCUUGUGUCUUCAGCCAGUUGAAAUAACUUCAAGUUAUUUAUAAACUUGAACUGCGCUGGUCUAGGUCUACAAAUCCACACAUAGACGGGCACAAUCAAAAUAUUGAAUAUUCAAAAAGCAUACAAGUUCACCCUAUGAAAAGAGUGAGCGAGACGGAUGCCGG